ACAGGUGGAUAAUAUUAGCAGAGCGCUUCACAAAUGUGGUUAUCAAAUGCGCGGGUUUGAGACCAUGUACAACGGUCACACAGGCCGACGUCUGACCGCGAUGAUAUUCCUGGGGCCCACUUACUACCAAAGACUUAAACAUAUGGUUGAUGACAAGAUCCAUUCACGUGGACGCGGUCCCAUCCAGAUCCUGACCCGACAGCCCACGGGGGGUCGGUCACGUGACGGUGGGCUCCGGUUUGGUGAAAUGGAACGCGACUGUGUGAUUGCACAUGGUGCGGCCCAUUUCCUUAAAGAACGGCUCUUUGAGCUGAGUGAUGCGUAUCGGGUUCAUGUCUGUGAGCGCUGUGGAUUGAUUGCAGCUGCCAAUCUUAGAAAAAACUCGUUUGACUGUAAAAGCUGCAAGAAUAAAACUGAUAUUGUUCAGGUGUAUAUUCCGUAUGCGUGUAAGUUGUUGUUUCAAGAGCUGAUUGCUAUGGCGAUUGCGCCUAGGAUGCUUACCAAAGAUAUGUGAAAGAUAGCAAGUAGAAAGGGGCUUGAGUCUGUUGACUGAAUUUUUGGAACUUGAAUGUAUAUGAAUUUAGUAGUUGACAUAAACCCUAAACCUACAGCAAUAGCUUAUAAUGUCCAUGGAGAUACCUAUAGAUGAGAAUAGUGAAUUACUAUUCUCAUUCAUAUAUAGCAUUUAACCAAACCAGCAACUAUACUAGUAUAUGAUG